GCCCAGAACAAAUUUGAAGGGUUUCAAAGCCAUUCAAAGUUGAGAUGUACUGAUCAAAAGGUGAGGUUCAGUGAGUCAGCUACCCCAAUCAAUCAAAUUAUCGUGUUACCUACGUUACACUAUAAAUCCUAGCAUGUGUUUAUUUACUACAAAUUAAGAUUUAUUUGCAGAACGAAUAAGACUGAAAUGGUAUAUUGUAUACAAACUAUGCACUAUUAAUAUGGACAAUAAGUGUCGUUUCUGUUUAAGUUGCAAUUGUGUGUGUCUUGUAAGAGCUACUACAUGAACACAUAAAUUAACUUUCAAGAGUUGUAUUGCACAAUUUGACACUUAUUUGCCAUCCAAAUUUUAAGGUUAUGGGUAGCAGUUGCACCCACUCAUACAAAUUGGGACCCUGUGAACUGUGAGCUGGAGAAGACUCUCUGCAACCCUUUCAAGAGUGGAGACUAUCGGUGUAUGGUGUUUGGUCAUAAGAGCUCUUCCCAGUGUCUCGUGACAGCCUCAGAGACUCACCUCCAAGUCUGGGACCUCCUCUCUUGCUCAGUGCUGUGGUGUGUGAAGACCAGAGUGUGCUCCAUGGUAUCUGAUCCUCUGAGUCAACUCACAGCUGUGUUUGUGCCCUCAGGGAAUGACCCACCAUACACAUUGUGGGUGGCUGUGCAUGCCACAUCUCAAGGAGUCCUGACAAGUUGUUGCAUAAUUAUGGUUUCUUAGCUAGGCAUUGUACAAUUGUGAUUUUGGCCAAGUCUCAUUCCUAACAAAUUUCACGUAUUAAGUCUUAAUGAUAUUGCUUGUUUGGAAUGGUCUUCAUAAAUGUGUACCUGAUUGACCUCCCCCCCCCCCACACACACACACACACAGUGUACCUGAUUGACCCUCCCACACACACAGUGUACCUGAUUGACCCCUCCUCCCCUACACACAGUGCACCUGAUUGAUCCACUCAACUGACCGUACAUCACUCUGUGUGCUCGGGGCAAGUGCUGGGGGCGUAUUUCUACCCCUUCAGUCAGGGGGUUACAUCCACACUGUACUUUAUGGACAAGGCACAGUGUCUGACUCUGUGGGAUCCAGUGAACUGUGAGCUGAGGAAAACUCUCUGCAACCCUUUCAAGAGGUGGAGACUAUCGAUGUUGAAUACCUGUAGGCUAGCAGCUGCCGUAUAGCUGUACCUUACUUCAUCGAUCAGGUGCAAAUAUUGAAUACUUAUAUAUAGGCUAGUAGCUAUUUGUUUAAUGUAAGCUCAUUAUUUGUUCCUCUUGUGUGUGUAUGGUGUUUGGUCAUAAGAGCUCUUUCCAGUAUCUCGUGACAGCCUCAGAGACUCACCUCCAAGUCUGGGACCUCCUCUCUUGCUCAGUGCUGUGGUGUGUGAAGACCAGAGUGUGCUCCAUGGUAUCUGAUCCUCUGAGUCAACUCACAGCUGUGUUUGUGCCCUCAGGGAAUGACCCACCAUCCACACAUUGCACGUAUCUGGUCAGUGGUGGUGAGGAGGGUGUACUCGUCCUCUGGAAGCUGGACACACACAAAAGAGAGUUUCAUUCUCGUCUUGGCUCACCCAUCACACACCUCGCCUGUAGCCCUGGUGACAAGUACUUCACUGUCGGUUUGCAAAGCAAUGUGGUACAAGUGGUAUCAGGAGUGGACACUGAGAUGGAAUGGACUAUCGGAGGACUAAGGAGGUCCCAUAUCCAGACUGUAAACCAGAAUGGAAUCAAUACUGGCCUAGGGAUCUGUCCACGUUCCAUCAAUAGUAGUGACCAACAGUACGCCCGGGUUCAUCCAGUUCUACGACCCAGUCAAGGAGUCAGUCACCCAACAAAAUGUGACGGACCUGAACUACGUGUCUCGGCCUGAUGACACGCCCCUCUCUCUGACCACAGUGGACCACACCUCUUUCUCUCCUGCUGGCUAGCAACAAUACACUCUGAACACUUGUGUGGAGCCACCUCACGAUCGACCUGUCACCAGCAUCACCUUCUAACCACGUCACCAUACCAACAAGACGUCCAAUCAGAUCCCUCUAUUGGUCUUACGAGUCUAGAUGGCCACUUCAAGACGUGGGUCCUCCUAGGAGAGGAAGUGGGUGUGUCAUGGUCGUGUCAGGCAGUGGGUUACUACCAUGGUCUGGAGAGUGUGGGGGCGUGCUUCAGUGAGGAUGGGUCACUACUGGCUGUCAACUUCAAGACUUGCCUGACUCUGUGAGCUGAGGAAUACUCUCUGCAACCCUUUCAAGAGUGGAGACUAUCGGUGUAUGGUGUUUGGUCAUAAGAGCUCUUCCCAGUAUCUCGUGACAGCCUCAGAGACUCACCUCCAAGUCUGGGACCUCCUCUCUUGCUCAGUGCUGUGGUGUGUGAAGACCAGAGUGUGCUCCAUGGUAUCUGAUCCUCUGAGUCAACUCACAGCUGUGUUUGUGCCCUCAGGGAAUGACCCACACAUUUGUACCUGAUUGACCCCUCUUCCCCCACUCCACUGGCCGUACAUCACUCUGUGUGCUCGGGGAAAGUGCUGGGGGGCGUGUUCCUACCCCCUCAGUCAGGGGGUACCUCUACACUGUACUUCAUGGACAAGGCACAGGUGUUGUAUGGCCUAGAGGAGGAAGGUAAAGAGAAGAGUGAUGACUCUCGGCCGUUACUAGGGGACAAUGUUCCCACAUCAGAGAGGGCAUUCUGGGAUAUCUUUGGAGGCAGUAAACUAUAUAACAGAGGUUCUAUUGAACAUGUAAUGUACACGUCCAAACCAUGACUCUCUCUACUCAGUGCCCCUCCCCACGUCCUCCCCCCAAUGCCCUCCCUCUGUCUCCCGUUCCUCCAGUCACGUACAUUAGCAGGGGUCUAAAGGUCAUUAUGGUCGAGGACAAAGGUCAGCCAGAAGUGGGUGUGGCCUCUAGUAAAGCUAGUAAUGGGAGAAACUUGGAGGUCAAGAACUAUAUGAUUGGCCCGGCUAGUACUAGUAGAGCAUUUCCGAGUAAUGUGAUAUUUUGAACCAACAUUUCUUUUACACACAGUUAGUAUUAUGUGGCUAGACUAUAAUCAAGUUAUUAAGAUGGUAUGGUACAAAACUUGUCAGCUAUUAGGAUAAGUUCUUGUACUUAUAGUCAUCAAUAUCCACAGCCAUCCAGAGCUUCAAGAUGUUUGCUGCAGACUUGUUAUCUAUAGUAGACAUGCACUUACUAUAGCACAGUACUGUAACAAAAGAGAGUAACAGUAGUUGUAUACAUGCAUGUAUGUACAGAUAAAAAUUUAUAUCGGAUGGGUGAACAAACUUUUUUAUCAAUGUGAGAGGCCUCUGACCUUUGUACUCCUCUGACACUUAAUAUUGUACCUGCUUACACUACCACUUGCGCUAGAGGAGGUUGGCCACGCGUCAUCAUUCAUGACGUCUCUGCUCACGUUACCAUAUACAUGUAUAUAACUGAACAACUGUAAAUAAAGCUCUUGCUUAAUUGCUGAAUUUAUAACACCUGGCUAGCUGUGUCUGUUGUCUGGUUGUCUGGUUGGACCAGGAUUAGCUAGACUAUAGGGUAGAGUCUAGUUUAGUGGUACUGUUACUGUAUAGCUGGUUAUUUUCGAGGCACGAAAUGUUCGAGGUUUUCGAAGAUUGACCCAGAAACACAAAAAUUUGGUACCUCGAAAAUUGGUUUACAUGUAGUGGUCAUUUGAACCGCUAUCCUCGAAAAUAAAAUGUUCGAAAAUGUUUUGUUUGGGCAAUCCGCGAAAAUUUAGUGCCCUGAAAAUAACCCGCUAUACGGUAUAAUGUAGCUUGCAAUGUACUGGCUGGUAAACACUUUAUGCACUGAUAACUUUCGGAAUGGAGGAGAUCGCUGGGGGUCGGGUUGGUUAAUGUAUAUUCAAAAUAGGCGGAGAGACACAUAAAUGUUGCCUUCAGUCUCUAAUGACCGUGCACACCAGCUAGAAGUUUACAUAGAAAAUUAUCUAUGCCAGCUCAGCAAAAAAGUGGUGAUCGUGUCCAACGUGCUCUGCGCUUGCGUAUUGCAUGUUGGUUCUGACCGCUUG